UAAAAGAAACAGUCGCAGGUUAACAUUGAAAAUGGAAAGUCCGUCUUGUACAUCGAUGGCUUUGGUAAUCCUUGUUCUCUUUCAAGUGUGCUUGGGGCAGUUAGUUUCAGCUGGUUUGCCAUUUGUUCGCCAGGAACGCCAUUUCGUUAAAGGGGCGUUUACCUGUCCCCCACAAGAUGGAUUUUAUCCUGUCCCGAAUGCUUGCACUGGGACUUACUAUUCUUGCGUUGAUCAAGUUGCAUAUGAAAUGUCUUGCCCGGGAGAUUCCAUUUUCGAUCCAACGGUGAACCGUUGUGUUCCACCAAGCCAAGCUUCAUGUCAAGAAUUCCAUUGCCCCGCACCAGGCGGAUUUUACGAUAUUCCUGGAACAUGCGGAAGUAAUUAUUACUCGUGUGUCAAUGACAUUGCUUAUUUGAUGACUUGCCCAGGAACAUCCGUUUUCGAUCCCGCAGUGGGCGUUUGUGUACCGAAAGAAGUUGCAUCGUGCUCUACAACGACAACGACACCCGGCGUAACCAUGUCGACGUCUUCGACCAUUCCCAAUGGACCUACGACGACAAUCGGUCCAUUCACUUGCCCUGAUCCAUUUGGUUUCUAUCCCACUGGUAUCCCGUGCGACGACCAAUUUUGGAGAUGUUCCAACGCUUACGCUUAUCUGAUGACGUGUCCACCCACUACCAUUUGGAACCAAGCGGCAACAGUUUGUGACUACCCUUACACUGUUCCCGGAUGUAGUUAACAACUACCAGGGACUUCUUUAGAAUUCAGUAUUAGUUAUCCCUCAUUUGGAACUUGAUGACCUGCAACAUUAUUUUCGCAACAAAUUCAAACGCUGACUGUUAAAUACA